AACAUCAUUCAUCAUCUUUCUCCAUGCUACUAUCUCUGUAUAAUCUAAUGUCGUCGCCUCCAAGUUACCAUACAAAAGUCUUUUGCAAAUAUCGCGUGAUCAUAGGCGUGGCCGUGAUCUUCUUCGUGCUCUUCUUCUUCAACCAAAUAUACCUCAAAUCACAAUAUUUCGACAGUAACAUUUUCACCAUACAAUAUCAAGAGAGGCUCUUGCAGCCUAAAGAGGCGGCAACAAACUUGAGCCAUUUGAUGUUCGUUCUGGUCGGGAGCUCACGUACGUGGAGGGAUCGAAAAGUUUACUUAGGAUCAUGGUGGAGACCAAACGUGACGCGUGGUAAUAUCUUCUUUGACGUGGAACCGUCGGAAGAGUUCCAGCCUUGGUCUCCGGCCUUACCGCCGUUAAAAGUCAACGAAGACCUCAAGAAACUGAAGAUUUACCCGAAGCUUACAAACCGAAACCACACUCGGAUCUAUAGGUCCAUUCUUGAGAAUUACAGGCUCAAACAAGACGAGGAUGUGAGAUGGUACGUGACGGGUGAUGAUGACAGUGUUUUCUUCGUAGACAACAUGGUGGAUGUGUUAUCAAAAUACGAUCACACGGAAAAACAUUACAUCGGAAUGUUUUCGGAGACCAUAAAAUCAAAUUUUCACUUCUCAUUUGACAUGGCAUUCGGAGGAGGAGGUUAUGCUCUAAGUUAUCCUCUAGUGGAGGCUUUAGUGGAAGAAUUGGAUAAUUGUAUUGAGAGGUACCAUUACAUUUGGGCAGUGGAUCAUUUACAGAGUUUGUGUUUGGCUGAUUUGGGCGUUGAUCUUAGCCUUGAAAAAGGAUUUCACCAGAUGGAUCUAUACGGUGACAUAUCAGGCUUCCUCUCGUCCCAACCAACGGCUCCUCUUGUCAGCCUCCACCACUUCGAAACUGUCACACCACUUUUCCCUGGCAUGGACCGUCCAGGUUCAGUCAAUCAUAUCAUGAAAGCAGCCAACGUGGACCAAUCACGGAUGCUACAACAGUCGAUAUGCCACGUCAGAGCAAAUAACUGGACCUUUUCGGUCUCGUGGGGAUACUCUGUUCAUAUCUAUGAGAAGAUAUUCCCACGGAGCUACUUGAAGCUUCCCAUCGAGACAUUCCGUCCUUGGUGGCACGGAGGACGGCCUCCUUUUUACAUGUUUAACACGAGACCAGUUUCUCGAGAUCCAUGUGAAGCUCCUCACUGGUUCUUCUUUGUUUCGAUUGAACAAGAGAAGGAAGGAGUUGUUACUUCUUACAAAAGGAAGUUUCCUAGAAACAUGACUUCUUGCUCCUUCUCUGGUAAUACUUCUGCGGAUCCUCUUACUACAAUCCGUGUCUUCUCUUCCAAAACUCCCAAACCGGGGAGAAAAGUAGAAUGUUGCGACGUGGAAUAUGAAGGUGCAAAUGUUGCAUACAUGAGACUUCGAGAUUGUAGGAGACACGAAAUCAUCGCCUAAUGAAAAACGGA